CUCCGCUUCUUCCUCACCCAAAUCCGACAACACCCCAUCGGCGAAUUCCGCAAAGUGAUCGGUAUUCGCAGCGUAGGGAUUUUGUCGGAUUUUUAAGAAUGGACGUUCGCCGGCGAUCAAAUAAGUCUGUUUACUCUGCCGCCGAUGAGCCUUUGAAACCACACAAAUUGAGCUCUGUUUCCCCUCCUAAUGCUUCGGAUGGGAUUUCACUCCCUUUGUAUCUUACCAAUGGGGUUUUCUUCACCAUGUUCUUUUCUGUUAUGUAUUUUCUGCUCCAGCGGUGGCGGGAGAAGAUCCGGAACUCUAUUCCUCUCCACGUGGUGACUUUGUCGGAGCUCGCGGCUAUGGCGGGGCUGUUCGUGUCGGCGAUUUAUCUUUUAGGGUUUUUCGGGGUCGGAUUUGUUCAAUCCGCCUUGAAGGGGAAUCAGGAUAUUUGGGAUGUGGAGGACGAUGAGAACAAUGAGAAAUAUAUUUUGGAAGAGGAUAGCCGUCGUGGGCCGUGGCCGGCCGCUACUACUCUUGGCUGCUCUGUUCCCCCACCACCUGUUCGAAAAAUUGCCGCAGUGGCUCCCGAGCAGCCAACAAAGUCCGCAACUCCCGCCGAGAAACCCGCCCCCAUUAUCAUCACCCCCGCGUCAUCCUCGGACGACGAGGAGAUCAUCAAAUCCGUCGUGGAGGGCAAAACCCCUUCCUAUUCCCUGGAAUCCAAGCUCGGAGACACUAAACGCGCCGCCUCCAUCCGCCGCGAGGCGUUGCAGAGGAUCACCGGGAAAUCCCUGGAAGGGCUUCCAUUAGAAGGGUUCAAUUACGACUCCAUUCUUGGGCAGUGCUGUGAGAUGCCGGUUGGGUACGUGCAAAUCCCGGUGGGGAUUGCUGGGCCGCUUUUGCUCGACGGGAGAGAAUACUCGGUUCCAAUGGGCACGACGGAAGGGUGCCUUGUGGCCAGCACCAAUAGGGGUUGCAAGGCGAUCGCCGCUUCCGGCGGCGCCACCAGUAUGCUGCUGAGAGAUGGGAUGACCAGAGCUCCGGUCGUGAGAUUUGGCACUGCCAAAAGGGCUGCUGAGUUGAAGUUCUUCGUUGAGGAUCCCGCCAAUUUUGACAACAUCUCUGCUGCCUUCAACAAAUCAAGCAGAUUUGGGAGAUUGCAAAGCAUCCAAUGUGCCAUAGCUGGGAAAAAUCUGUACAUGAGGUUUAGCUGCAGUACUGGUGACGCCAUGGGUAUGAACAUGGUCUCUAAGGGGGUUCAAAACGUUCUUGAUUUACUCCAGAGUAAAUACCCCGACAUGGAUGUCCUUGGCAUAUCUGGGAACUUUUGCUCGGACAAGAAGCCAGCAGCAGUGAACUGGAUUGAGGGGAGAGGCAAGUCAGUUGUGUGUGAGGCAACAAUCAAGGAAGAUGUGGUGAAGAAAAUCUUGAAGACUAAUGUGGCUUCCCUUGUGGAGCUGAACAUGCUGAAGAAUCUCACUGGUUCUGCCAUGGCCGGGGCUCUGGGCGGCUUCAACGCUCACGCGAGCAACAUCGUGUCGGCUGUGUACCUAGCCACGGGCCAGGACCCGGCUCAGAACGUCGAGAGCUCUCACUGCAUCACCAUGAUGGAGGCGGUGAACGAUGGCAAAGACCUUCACGUCUCUGUCACCAUGCCUUCCAUCGAGGUGGGAACUGUCGGUGGUGGGACUCAACUCGCCUCCCAGGCCGCCUGCUUGAACCUACUAGGAGUCAAGGGCGCUAACAGGGACGCCCCCGGGUCGAAUGCAAGGCUGUUGGCAACCGUGGUGGCGGGCGCAGUUCUUGCCGGGGAGCUUUCCCUUAUGUCUGCCAUUGCAGCUGGGCAGCUGGUGAAUAGCCACAUGAAAUACAACAGAUCCAACAAGGAUGUCACCAAGGCAUAGGCAUCUUUCCCAUUCAAAUGAAUCCUCAUCAUAUCACCAAUUUGUGUGGUUAAAUAAUGAAGUGAAAAUAUUAGGAAUAAAUUUGCUUCUUGUAAAGGAGUUCAACUCAAAGACAUUAUUGCAUGUUUGUACUUUUACUACGUACUGUAUUAUCUGUUUGCAUUUUUACUGGCAUUUAUGGACCUAUUGUUGUAUCAAGAAGAAGAUGCCAACAUUUGGUAUCAUAAACCAAGAUGGAUGAUGCACUCUCUUCUUUUUUAA